AAUCAAAUAAAAUAAAAAUAAAAAAAAUGGACUAAAGUUGUUAAGAAUCUUAAUAUAAAGCCGAAUCUUCUUAUUAAAAUGAAAGCUAAAUAUUCCCAAUUUUUUCUUCAAAACAAUUUAACUCAGUAGAAGAUUAAGUAAUUGAAACAUUUGAAUCAUGCCAAAUACCAGAAAAAUUUGAAUCUUUUAGUAUAACUAUGAAUAUUAUUUUUAGAUAAACAGCUGACAAACCAAUAAAAAAAGAGGAAAACAUGAAUAUUUUUUAAACUGGAACAACCCAUAAAAAGAAUUUAACAAUAGCUAUGACACCCAAAAAUGAAAUUAAAGUUACUUUUAGAUAACAAAAAGAUUAAGAAUUUAUAUAUUCUUAAACAAAAAUAAAAUCCGGAGUACCUUAUGAUUUAAGCAUCGUUUACGAAGUAGUAACAGAUGAAGAUGAUUAAAUCUUUUACAAUUUUAAUUUAUAUUUAAAUGGCAAAAACGAAACAAAUCUUUCUUUAAAUUAUCCAAUAAUAAAACCUUCUCAUAACAUAUAUUUUGGUUCAGAAUCUGUUUUAGGCACUUUUACUGGGCAAAUAUCUGAUGUAUACUUUAUAACAAGAGCAUUAAAUCAUCAAGAAAAUAUAAAUUUACAUGCAGAAAAAAAGAAUAAUCCAAUGGAUCCUAAAAACCCUUAAGCAAUAAUAGAAGAAACCCAAUAUCCUCACUAAGACUUAGGUUAAACUCGCAGAAGUAUACCCCCUUCUUUAUAAAAAACACAUGUGACUGUAAUGUAGAAUGCUAUUUAAGGACAGAGUCAAAUGACUGUACUUGAUAAUAAAUCUAUUAGAUCUAUGAAUAAAUAAGAAUUCGAAUAAGCAGAACUUGAAGCCGUAUUUUCGAGGAAUAUUAGACUUUCAUAAUAAUGUAGAGAACUUUCUUUGAAUUUUAGAUGGCUUAUUACUACUUUAUAAUAACUUUCUCCUCCUAUUGAAGAAUUAAACAAACCAGUUUUACCUUUUAAUUGUAUUCAUAAUUUUAUUGCUUCAGGUAAAAUUGAAAUUCAUAAUGUUAGCUUACCUUUAUAUAUAAUUGAAGUUGAUAGAUUUUUAAAACCUUUGAAAUAUGCAGAUAUUAAGAUUAAUGAAGAUGAUAUAAUUUAAUUAGCUAAAAUAACUUAGUCUUAUUAUGAAUUUUCAUGGAAAGACGGCGGAUUUGAAGAUUUUAAGGAUAAUUUCAAAAAGGAAUAUGGAUGUAUUCAUACUGAUUGCAAAGAACCUAUUGAUAGAUUUGAUUUUAAGGCUAUCGUAUACGAUAAAUUUUUAAUUGCUAUAAGAGAUACUAUUUUGACCCCCUAAGAAAUAGCUUAUAUAAAGAAAGAAUAUAUUAAAGAAAUGCAAGAUGGGGAAAUAAAACAAAUAAUAGAAAAAGAUGAAGAUCCUAACAAAAAAUCACAAUAAUAAUAAGGAGAAGAUUAACUUUAAUAAGAUGAAGCUUAGGAAAAAGAACAAUUACCAGUGCCUGAACCAGGUUGGAAUAACGGUAAAUUCAUCCUAAAUUUAAAUAGAUGUACUAAAUGUGAAAGUCAUACAACCACUACAUGGCAUGACGAGUAUGAUUUUGCGGAAAAAUUUAAUUAGUUUGGGGAGUAAUUUAAAGGCUUAUUCCCUAAUUGUGAGAUUAUAGGAAAUUAUGACAGACCUUCAAUGCAUUAUGAAAAUUUCGAUAUUUAUAUAAGAGGAGUUGGACCUGCUCAAGAUAGGGAUGCAGAAGGAAGAAUAUGGCUAUAUUCAAAAAGUGAGGGUAUCUUCUCUUUUAUAUAUGCUUUUAAUACACGUAUGAUUAAAGUUUAUGAUAAGUUAGUACUAAUUGCAGCUGCGUAUGGUGAUACUAUUGAAAUGGAAAAAACUUAAGAAUAUUAUAUUACUAGAUUUGAAAGCAUGAUUUCUCCUAGAUGGAAAAAUUCUCAUGGAUAUCCAUGUGACGUUCCAAGAAGAAGAAUAGAAAUACAAAGAGAAAUUGAAAAAGUUAAUUUAAAAAAAAAACUAAAUUUAUAAAUAUUACAUAUAUAGGAAGCUGAAAUAAAAGAAGGAACAAAAAUGAUUUGUAAAAAUUGGGGUUGUGGAUUAGAAUAUGAAUAUACUUCAGACAUUUUAGCUAUGAAACAUGCUUGCAUUUUUCAUCCUGGAUCUUACUAAUUGGGUUCCAUUCAUGGUUUAUGGCCUGAAAGUUGGACUUGUUGUAGAAAAAAUUGGGAAGAAAAAGGUUGUAUUAGAGGCCCUCACAAAGGAGUUACAGAAAAAAAACUUAUGUUUUUAUGUUUAAAUGUAGGUGAAAUUAACUCUAUGACUAAAAGACCGGAUUCAGCUUGUGGGAUGUACUUCAAUGACGAAGUACCUAGUGAAUGUUUAAUUCAUCCUGGUUUUUUCAAAAGAAGUAAACUAACCUCUGACGAAGGCGAAUGGACUUGUUGUUAAGAUGGAAAUCCUUCAGCUAAAGGAUGCAAUGCUUCGAAUCCUCAUAAAAAAGCUUAAUGGCCAGAUGUAGAAGCUAAAAAAUAUUUUGUCGAGAAAUUAAUAUCUAAUCCUGGAAUUGAUAAUAGAAAUUUAAUAGAUAAAUAUGAUAAAUCAGCCUUAAGAGCCUGUAUUUACAGAGAAACUAUCCCAUAUACUCCAUUCGUGAAUUAAGAAAAAAAGAAAAUGCAGGAUAGAAGAUUAAAUGAAAAUGAAAUUAGAAUAUGUACUCGACAUGGAUGUUUUAAAAUUAUAAAAGGGGAAAAAUAAUAUUUAAAUGAAUUUGCAGAUAUUGAUAAUAUAAAAUUAUAGGAAAAAAGAAAAAGAAUUGCAGAUUUCAUCCAGGAUUAUUUCUGAUUUCGGAAGUACAGGAGCUGCUAAAGUAUCCUAAGCUUCAACAGAUACUCUUUGGAAACCUCAUUGGUAGUGUUGUAGAUAACCUUGGGAAAGUGAAGGAUGUACUAAAGGAUAUCAUGAUGGUAAUUAUUUAUUAUUUAUAUUAUUUUUAAAUAUAAAACAUAGGACCUUUAAGAAGUGAUUAUGUAGAUAAUUUAAAGGAAAAAUCAAAAGAAGUUAUAAAUUAUUGGAAAUCAAUAGAAGAAAAUUAAAAGUAAUUAAAAAAUAAUGAAGAAAAAAUAAACGAUAAAUGUGGAAAAAAUGAACAAGAGAAAAAUGAUUUAUUAGCGAAAUUAAAAUAAAGAUAUGAUCAAGAUUUGCAUAAUAAAUCUAUUGAAAUAUAAUAAUUUUAUUAAAAUUUACUUGAAUCUUCGAAAAAAAACCCAAGAAUUAUUAUUGAUUUUUAUUCUAAAGAAUUCUGGCCAAACCCAAGAGCUAUGAAAAAUUUUAAAAAAACAGUUUCUACUUUAUGGAAAGGAAAAUUAGAAGGAAACAAAGCAAAUGAAAAAGAUGUAAAAGGAGUUAUAUUAGACGAUAAUUAGAUUAUUAAUAUUUGGAAUAAUUUAUAUAAAACAGAUUGUGUUUCUCUUGGAAGAAUUUCAUAAAUUUGUGAUAAAUUAAAACUUCAUCUUUUAACUGUAAGUGAUAGACUUGAUUAUCAUUUCAAAUUUUGGGAUGUCGUAAAUAUGGAUCUUAGAUGGUUUACAUAAAGUGAUGAAUUUACAAGAGAAUAGUAAUUUUUUUUGUUAAUUUUUUUUUAUCUAUAUUUUUUAUUAGAUUUCUUGAAUGGUGGGAUAUGAAUAUUGAUGAAUAUUUAGAAAGAAAAGAAGCUUAUAAAGAAGAAGAGAUAAGAAAAUAAAAAAUGAGAAAUUGAAAAAAAACUAUAGCUAUAUAUAUGCGAAUUUAAUAAAAAUAUUUUAUAAAAGUAUAAAUAUUUAUCCAUAUUUUUUUUAACUGUUUAUUGGAUAAAA